UUUGACCUAUUCACCAGUUGCCAAUGUUCCAGCUGAUAGUCACCCCCUCAACUGCCCUUGCAGAUGAGCCCGUGACCAUCCGAGUGACAGGCCUGCCACCAUCUCAGAUAGUGACCCUCAAGGCAACACUGAAGGAUGAGAAGGAGAAUUUGUUCCAAUCCAGAGCUUUUUACAAAGCCAGCGAAGCUGGUGAGGUGGACCUGGAGUGGGCAUCAGCUUUGGGAGGCGAUUAUAUAGGGGUCCAUCCAAUGGGUCUCUUUUGGUCUCUGAAGCCUAAGACAGCAUUCCGGAGGCUAAUCAAGAAAGAUGUGAUGAACAGCCCCUUUUACAUCACUUUGGAUUUGUAUGACUCUGUUUCCUUAAAUGAUUCAGCCACAAUUCAACCCAAGGCCAGCCAGAUGGUGCAGCGCUGGUUCUCUGGUCCUGGAGUGCAGAGGAAACAGAUCCGAGAAGGUCGGGUGCGUGGAGUCCUUUUUCUCCCUCCAGGAGAUGGUCCUUUCCCAGGAAUCAUUGAUUUGUUUGGGAGAAUUGGCGGUGUGGUUGAAUUUCGGGCCAGUCUUUUGGCUUCCCGUGGCUUUGUGGUGCUGGCAUUAGCAUAUUUUGCCUAUGAAGAUCUGCCUAACAAACUGCUGGAGGUGGACUUGGAAUAUUUUGAGGAUGCUGCCAACUUCCUACUAGCGCAUCCCAAGGUCCAAAGGCCAGGAAUUGGCGUGAUCUCCGUGAGCAAGGGUGCCGAGAUUGGGCUGGCCAUGGCCUGCUACCUGAAGCAGGUGGUUGCCACUGUCUGCAUCAAUGGGUCCAGCGUCGUCUUAGACCUUCCGCUUAGGUACAAGGAUCUGGUUGUAACACCCAUCCGCCUGGGUCUGGAACGCACCCAAGUCCAUGUCUCGGGGGCUGCACGCUUCCGUUACCUUACAGACGAUCUCUGGAAUAAGCUGAAUCCACAAAGCAUGCUUCCUGUGGAGAAGGCUCAAGGCUGGAUCCUCUUCAUCGUGGGGGAGAAUGACGAAUGUCUGGAUAGCAGAGGGUAUGCUGAGAGGGCCAUGCAGCAGCUCCAGAGUCACGGGAGAAGUAGAGGAAGGAUGCUGGCAUACCCAGGGGCGGGCCACCUUAUAGAGCCACCCUAUUCUCCUUUUUGCUUGGCGUCCUGGAACCCUGGCGUGGAGAGGCCCUUUCUUUGGGGAGGAGACCCUGCUGACCAUGCUGCAGCCCAGGACCACUCUUGGGGGGAGAUCCAGAAAUUCUUUAGGCAACACCUCAUUCCAACCAGAAGCAAACUCUAAGCAAAUAUUUGACGCUGAGUAACUGUGUGUUUUGAAGUAUUGAAUUGAAGGUGGUUUUAAAAAACAGCCACA